AUGCUUUACGCCGUGCUUCCCCCCGCCUCCGAACCGCUUUCCUCCGCCCAUGCGCGCGACUCCUCUCCCGCAAGUAGCGCGAGCAACUCGCGCGGCGCCGCUGCGGUUGACGGGGCGGCGCAUGGGCGGAAGGGAGCGCACGCGCGGGCGAAAUCGUGGGACGUAGGGGCGGGCGCGGAAGGCGGGGGGGAGGGGGGAAGAGCAGCGGACGUGGGGGGAGGAGCUGCGGCUCCGCGGUUAGUGCCCGCCAUGAUGACGUCACUGUCGCUCACUGUGGAGUGUCUGAUGACGACAGCAAGUGUCAGCAUACAGGGCACGUGGGAAGUGGGGGAGUAUGCGCGGGGGCGCGGGCAAGGGGGAGGAGGGGGAGGCGGAGGGGAAGGCAGAGGGGAAGGGGGAGGAGGUGGCGGAGGGGAUGGUGGGGGUGAAGGGGAGGAGCAGCAGCUGUGCUGCGACUGCCUUUUUGUGCUGCCCACGUCUCACAGGAGUCAUGUGACAUCAGUGGAGGUGACUUUAGCAGAUGGAAGGUUCCUCGCAACUGCAGUGCUCCCAGCGGACGAGGCAGAGGCAGUGUGCCAGGCGAGCCAAGAGCGGGCGGCAGCCGCCCACUCUGCCGCCCAGCCCAUGCUGCCCAGGCCCGCCCGGCCCUCGUUCCUGCGCCUUUCGUCUGCUAGCUUCAGCAGGAGCGGCAGCAGCAGGCAUCGGUGGAAAAGCCAAGAGGGAGUGGGGGAAGCAGACGGAAGGGCUGAAGCGAGAACGGAGGGCGAGUGGGGAGAGAGCAGUGGGAAGGAGGGUGGUGUGAGUGGGGGUGUGGAGAGAGGGGAGGGUGGGGGUGAACGUAGUGAAGGUGGUGGUGAGAGUGAGAGGAGAAGGGGAGGGAAUGAUGACGAUGAGGAGGAGGGGGAGGAGGUGGAGGGGAGUGGGGUGCAGCGGUGUGUGGCGAGGCGGCAUGCAGCCGUGCUGCUGGACGGGAGCCCCGUGCACACACCGCACAUGCUACGACUCAGAAUACCCAAGGUGCCACAAGGCAGCAGUGUGCGUGUGCGGGCGACAUACAUGGAGGCGAUGGCAGGGUGGCAGGGGUACAGCGAGAUGAGCGUGUCGCUGACGGGCAGCAGUGUGCGCGUGCGGGUGACCUACGUGGAGGCGAUGGCAGGGCGGCAGGGGUACAGCGAGAUGAGCGUGCCGCUGACGGUUCCCUUGGAGUGCGUGCCAGGCGACCUGGUGGUGCAGGACGUGGUGCGAGUGAGCUGCACCAUCAACAGUGGCUUGCAGUGCCCCAUGAAGAUCGGCGACUUCAACCACCCCAUGAAGGUCGUGUUUGUGGACUUGGGGCGAGCCACGUUUGUGGGCCAUCAAAACGAGGACGACCCCGACGCCUGGCCCAAUGCCGACUUCACCAUCUCCUACCAGGUGGUGACAGAGGACGUGAGUGCAGCAGUGCUCGUGCAAGCGCCUCUCAUCGGAGACCCCGAUCCCCGUGCCUCCUUCGCCCUUUCCAUAGCUCCUCCCGAUCCCGCCCAAUUCUCAGUGUUCAGCCGAGCCGUCGUGUUCAUUCUUGACAGCGAGUGCGGUCUAAGAGGCCGCCCCAUGGAAGAUGCACGCAGGGCGGUGGCAGCGGCGCUGAAGCGCUUAAAGCCCCACGACUCGUUCGCGGUGGUGGCGUUUGACUUUGAGCUGCUGCUGCUGGACGACGAGCUCGAGGCCGCCUCGCCUGAGGCGGUGCGGCGCGCGUGCAAGUUCGUGCUGCAGGCGCAUGACUGGUCACAGCCUGCUAAUGUGCUCACGCCGCUGCAGCUGGCGUUCAGGAUGCUGAGGGGCCACACGGCAGCGCUGCAGCAGAUCGUGCUCAUCACGGACGGCCCGGUGCGGGCGGAGCGCCGCGUGUGCCACUGGGUGCAACGCGCCCUGGCUGACUGGGGGGGCACCGCCCCUCGCAUCUCCACCUUUGGCAUCGGCUCAUCGGUGAAUCCGUUCUUUCUCAAGUGGCUUGCUGCUGCCACCCGCGGCUCCUCACAGGUCACCCGCAAUCCAGCGGAGGUGCGGCGGCGGCUGGAUGGAAUGCUGCAGACAAUGGCCCGCCCGCUCGUCACCAACAUUGCCAUCCGCGACCUGCCGCCCGCCUGUGAGCUCUACCCCUACCCCAUCCCGGACCUCUAUGCAUCGGGGCCGGUCGUGGUGAGCGGCCGAAUGGGCGACGAGGGGCCGGCAGCAAGCGGAGCGGAGGGUGGGGGGGGGCUGCCUUUGCACGUGGAGUUGAGGGGCGUGCUGGCCAGUGGAGCUCCGUGGAAGUUCAGAGCUGCCCUCUCUGACGCCGGCAACCUGCCCCUCUCCUCUGUGGGGGCGGGGGAGCGGGUGGCCAUCCUCACAGCCGAUGCAUGGCUUCAUGGCGACCCACACCUGCACCAGGCGGCAUGUGCGAUGAGUGUGGGAGCGUCAGUGGUAUCAGAGCACACACGCAUGGUCCUGCUGGACACCACCCGCCCCCUGCUGGACCAGCUGCACACCGAUCAGCUGCAGGGCCAUGUGAGGCCUCUACACCAUUACGUACGGUCGUCCACCCCCCCUGUCACCAUGGUUUCGGGUCUCACGGCUGGGUUCGGAAGCACCCAGGCCCGGCCUGCUUCCACCAAACCAAACGGGGAGGUUCGGAGUCAGCAGCGGCAGCACAGGCGCAUGGGUUCGUGUGUGUCAUCAGGCGAGUGGGAGUACGAUGUGGGCGAGGAGGACGGCCAUGACCGAUUGCUCGUCUCGCCCUCGCUGUCGCAAAGCAUUGUAGGAAGCGUACUCGCCUGUUAUCGUCCCAAAUUUAGGUAA